CGGCAGCGGCCUCUCGCUGCCGCCCGGCCCCGCUGCUGGCGGCGGCGGCGGGGGCGCUGGAGGCGCCGGGGACCGUCAGACGCCCAAGGACAAAUGGAGCAACUUCGACCCCACGGGCCUGGAGCGCGCGGCCAAGGCGGCGCGGGAGUUGGACGCGUCCCGCCACGCCAAGGACGCGCUGAGCCUGGCCCAGAUGCAGGAGCAGACCUUGCAGCUGGAGCAGCAAACCAAACUCAAGGAGUACGAGGCUGCCAUAGAACAGCUGAAGAAUGAGCAGAUCCGGGUGCAGGCAGAGGAGAGAAGGAAAACUCUCAAUGAAGAAACCAAACAGCACCAAGCAAGAGCCCAGUACCAGGACAAGCUGGCCCGGCAGCGCUACGACGAGCAGAUGAGACAGCAGCAACUUGCUAAUGAGGAGAACCUGAGGAAGCAGGAGGAGUCUGUGCAGAAGCAGGAGGCCAUGAGGCGAGCCACCGUGGAGAGGGAGAUGGAGCUGCGGCACAAGAACGAGAUGCUGCGGGUGGAGGCGGAGGCGCGGGCGCGCGCCAAGGCUGAGCGCGAGAACGCCGACAUCAUCCGCGAGCAGAUCCGCCUCAAGGCGGCCGAGCACCGCCAGACCGUGCUCGAGUCCCUCAGGACAGCUGGGAUGCUCUUUGGGGAAGGAUUCCGUGCUUUUGUGACAGACUGGGAUAAAGUCACAGCCACGGUGGCAGGGCUGACCCUGCUGGCAGUGGGGGUUUAUUCUGCCAAAAAUGCCACGGCUGUAGCAGGGCGUUACAUCGAGGCCAGGCUGGGCAAACCCUCCCUGGUGAGGGAAACCUCCAGGAUCACUGUGCUGGAGGCUCUGAAACAUCCCAUCAAGGUUGGUAAACGUCUCACCAGCAAGGCUCAGGAUGCCCUUGAAGGAGUUGUUCUCAGUCCCCAGCUGGAAGCACGUGUGAGAGACAUUGCCAUAGCAACGAGAAACACAAAAAGGAACAAAAGCCUCUACAGGAAUAUCCUGAUGUACGGGCCCCCUGGCACUGGGAAGACUCUUUUUGCCAAGAAGUUGGCUGUGCACUCGGGCAUGGACUAUGCCAUCAUGACAGGAGGGGACGUGGCCCCCAUGGGCAGGGAAGGGGUCACAGCCAUGCACAAACUCUUUGACUGGGCCAACACCAGUAGGAGAGGCCUCCUGCUCUUCGUGGACGAGGCAGAUGCAUUCCUGAGGAAAAGGGCCACAGAGAAAAUCAGUGAAGACCUCAGAGCAACUCUAAAUGCAUUUCUGCACAGAACAGGGCAGCACAGCAACAAGUUUAUGCUUGUUUUAGCAAGCAACCAGCCAGAGCAGUUUGACUGGGCCAUCAAUGACAGGAUAGAUGAGAUGGUGAACUUUGAGCUGCCCCAGCUGGAGGAGCGCGAGCGCCUCGUCAGGAUGUAUUUCGACCAGCACGUGCUGAAGCCAGCCACAGAGGGCAAACAGAGGUUGAAGCUGGCCCAGUUUGAUUAUGGCAAGAAGUGCUCAGAGAUUGCCAGGCUGACCGAGGGCAUGUCCGGCCGGGAGAUCUCCCAGCUUGCUGUGGCAUGGCAGGCCGCGGCCUACGCCUCAGAGGACGGCGUGCUGACCGAGGCCAUGAUGGACGCGCGCGUGGCCGACGCCGUGCGGCAGCACCGGCAGAAGAUGGAGUGGCUGCAGACAGAAGGUGCAGAAGCAAACAGAGAGACUGCCAGGAACCCCCUGCUGCCCUUCCACCAAGGGACACCGGUGUGAGGAGCCUGCAGGAUUCACCUGAGCGCAGAGAACAAGGUGGGGUUUGGUGGGGCGGCCGUGGAGAGCAGCCCGUGGUGCCGGGGAGGGGCUGCCCUGGGCCUCCAGUGCAAAAGCAGAAAGGCAAAGUGGGUUCAAAAGGAAGAAAUAACUGGAUUUAUUAAAGGAACCCUUGGUGAAUCACCACUGGCUGUGCUGGUGUCUGUGGCCUGACCCCAAAUCCUUCUGAGGUGUUUCUGCACCUGUGGGAGCCCAGGGAUUGUCCAAGCCUGACCUCCCAUACAUUUAAAUCUGUAGGGUUUGUUCUCCAGCACAGCCAUUUCUCACCCUUUUAUCCCCAAAUCCUGCCCAUGACACAGCUCCUUCCUCACUUGAGUUGCCCUUCAGAGUAAAAAUAUAUUUGGGAGAAUUCACUGUUUAACACAGGUGAUCUAAGAGCAGCGCCACAUAUUUUUCCCCCAAGUAAAUCACUUCUUUUGCUCACUUGAACUGCCCUUCAGAGUAAAUUUUUCUUAGAAAAGUGGAUUUGGGGGGGAUUCACUGUUUACCAAAAGUGAUCUGAGAGCAGUCCCAUAUAUUUUUCCCCCAAGUAAAUCAGUUUUCUCCAUGGAGAGCUGACUUUGGGGCACACAGAUGCAGCAUGGCCUGAAGAGAGAGAUGAGUUUGUUUGUUUGCUCCCACUGCUCUUGCCACACAAAUUUUCUGCUGCAUUUCUGCACCAGCUGGGAGAAUGUGGCAUUGUCAGGGCCUGAACACGAGCCUGUCUUGAUGAGAUGACAUUUGUUCUUCUGUGCAUGUGAGAGACAGGUUAGAAAACCUCCUGAUUUUUUUUUCUCUGUGUUUGAACUGGAUCUGAACUCUCUGCUCUGCUCUGAGGCCUCUUGUGUAGCUACACAGCCCCAGCACGUUGGCCUGACCUAAAUCUGUGCCCUUGCUGAGCUCUGCUCACACAGGAGCUGCCACCAGCCCCCCUUUGGCCAUGCUGAGCUGUCCCUGGCACUUUUCCUGAGAUUCUUCUGCUUUUCCUGCUUUUCCUGCCCUUCCAGGCAUUGGGCUUGAGAGGCUCAGGCUCCUCUCUGCAGGCACCCAGAAUUGAACAGUAUUGAAAUAUUUUCCUUUAAAAUCAGGGGUUUUUUUCCUUUAAAAUCAGUGAAAUGUUUUCCUUUAAAAUCAGUUUUGGAUCUCAGAGCUUCCCUGUUCUCCCAGCCAGUAGAAGCCAAAAAUGUCCCAAAAUGUGAGGGAAUCCCCCAUUCCUUCCUCAGGGCUCUCCCCACACCUUCCCAGCCUUUUUGCAUCUCCUCCCUACCCAAAAUCUGGGGAAUUGCUGCUCCCAGAGGGAAUUACUGACUUCAGAGGGUUGGGGAAAUAAAAACCACUCAGAUGCAAAACAUGCAAAAAACUAUUUUACUGACAAACAGCAAAGGAUGGGCUUGGUUCCAGGAGCUGAACUGGUUCUCUAUGGUACAAACAUCUUGGAAGGGAAGGAAUGGCUGAAAUACACUCACUUGUUGACCCAAAAUAAAUCACAGUGUGCUUUUUUCUAUUGCCUCCCCCAGCCCAAGCUCUCUGCACCUUCAGCUGCUCCUUCAGCACAGCCCUGGCUGAAAUCUGCCUGUGCAAGUUGUAUUUCAUAAAAAUAAAAAUAAAAUUUAGCCAUUAUUGCUUUUCAACCACAGUAGGGAUGGUUCUGUGAUGGACCCAGAGCAGAGUUGGGUCUCUCUGGUGCAGUCUGGGCUGUGCCUCUCCCUGCCUGAUGCAUGCAGGAGUGCUUGGGGUGCAGGAAAAAGGAAAAAAAGGAAA